GAAUGAGAGAGAGACAGUUUACGGACUAUUUGAUUCGUUGCAAUAAAAGGAACAUAAUUGCCUACUGAUUUUCUUCACUUGCCUACCUGCAGUUAUAUUGCAGGUGUGUUACCGUCAGUUAGGUUAUUCGGUUAGUCUUAUUUAUCAUAUUCAAAACAUUUACCACAAUUCAGUUGUGUGAUUUAAUUUAUUUCAAUUAUCAGUGUCCACAAAUUCUCAAAAGGAACAUUUAUGGAUUUGGAGAAUAGCCUCGAGACAUUCUUGUUUUGGCAUGGCAAAUUACAUUAUUAAACUCCAAAUGCAAAACGACAUUUGGAUACUUUCGUGGAGAAGGAGACUGUGCCUAGGCUAUAGAAGACAUAAAUUGAAUUGGCAUUUGAAUCACUGCUAUGUUUUGAGACGACAAACUCCUGAGGCUGAUUCCAGGAUACUUGAUCCGUGUUCAUGCCGAGGACCAUGACCAUGAACGGUCACCAGACUCAAACCACAGUGCCACUGGAUUUGCGCACCACAAAUAGGGAGUGUGGGAACGGUGCCGACGGGACUCCCACCAGCAAAGGUCGCUCCGUUCGGGCGAGAGUACCGUAUCCCACUGCCCCACACACGGAGGAUGACUGUCCAAACGGAAAUGCCAGCCCGACGGUGGAGCCGCUGGCACAUCGUUGUGGAUCAUCGUUGAUAAAACCUCCUGUGAACACGGGAAACCCGGCAGUUCUGGAGAAAAAACACUCCCCAGUUGUAACUUAUCACACGCCAUUCACUCCGAACCCUGGUGAGCGCAGCACAACAGACACACGAACACGGGACAUAUCUUCCUCGAGGCUUCCUUUUAGGAAACGUCAAUUUCCUACCGAAUGGGAGACGCCGGAACAGCCACGUAACCCACCCGAGAGAGAUGAGGGCUUAUCCCCCUACAAAAACAAAGACUUGUGCAGCAGACCGAGUCCUCCAAAUAAUUUUUUAAAGAGCUACGACAAUGAGAAUAUUGGUUCCCUGGCAUCGGUCUCACACAGACAAUUGUCCGUCGCCCGCGGUUUUGACAAUGGACACCAAAGCGUCGAUCCGGCUCGUUCAACGCAAGCACUCCGUCCUUACUGUCACCCAGAUCCCUAUCCAGGGUACCCAUUCUACUCCUGGCCCAGCAGGUCACCGCUGGUUGUGAACGUGCCUGUCUCUCCCCUCCAGUCCUCUCUUUACCCGACGGGACAUCCCGAACACCUGCUGGCAGAUGUUGCCCAGGCGACGUGCCAAGACAACGACGGUGACACGGCUCUUCACAUAGCAGUGGUGCAGGGGCAGGAAGCUCAGAUCCAAAGAAUGAUCCUUCUCCUGGGACUGGUUCACACAGACCUGGACAUCUAUAACAACCUGAGACAGACCCCUCUUCAUCUGGCUGUCAUUACCCAUCAGGCCCAGCUGGUGGGGGCGUUGCUGCGUGCGGGUGCUGAUCCGGGGGCUCUGGACCGUAACGGUCAGACAGCGGUCCACCUCUGCUGUGAACACGGCCAGCAGGCCUGCCUCUCUGUGGUGCUUUCCCACCCCUCCAUCUUGACUUGCCUGGAGGUCAGGAACUAUGAGGGCCUCACCCCUCUCCACCUAGCUGUACAGGGUGGAGACAAGGAGCUGGUCAGAAUACUGCUGGAUGCUGGGGCGGACAUCAAUGCUAUGGACAUCAAGAGUGGCCACAGUCCUCUCAUACACGCAGUAGAGAACCACAAUAUGGACAUGGUGCACUUCCUCAUAGAGAAUGACUGUAAUGUGAAUGGCCAGUCGUACAGUGGGAACACGGCCCUGCACAGUGCCUGUGGGCGAGGCCAGGUAGACACAGCCAGGCUGCUACUGAAGAACAGAGCCGACAGCAGUGUGAAGAACUACCACAAUGACACCCCUGCGAUGGUGGCCAAGAACAAGAUGGUAACAGAUGUACUACGAGGGAAGGGCUCCAGAAACCAGCAGCCCAAAGCUCAACAGUGUGUACCAGCCUCACCACACAGGAGCACACCCCACUCACAGAACAGAGGUUCCCCAUCUCCCAGCCUAGGCCUUUCACCAUUGGCCACUCCCACAGUUUCGCCUCUUCACCACAACGCAUCCCAUUCCCCCCGGGCACCUCCCACUCCCUCUCCUCACAGCCAAUCAGCAGAGAGCCUGUCAGGCCGCCAGUCUCCAAUGAAGAUCCAGGAGAGCGAACAGCUGCCGGUGAGGCUUGACUCCGACAGGAUGACUGCAGUGGACAUCAGCAUGACCCAGAGAAGGGCCUACAGCUACCCUCCAGCAAUGCACCACCAGUCCCCCAUCACUGAUGCUCAAAUAGGACAUUUACUAGCCUACUACUCCCCUGGAGUCCAGAGACCUCUUUAUCCAGAGCCUCCCUUUAUCGUCCUCCACACCAACAUCCCUUACCCAGCCACUGCCUCCCAAAUGACCCCUGGCCAAUCCCGGCCCUCCAGCGACCAAUCAGAUGUCUCCAUCACGAGCGUCAGCAUGGGCAAAGGUAACGGUUGACAAAGAGGUGCACUUUCAGUAUCCCUGCUGAAUUAUUGGUUGGUGACCAGAAGGACUUGAGCUUAAAACAAAGAGGAACAGUUUAUUUAUUACUGUUGGACUAUAGAGCUUAUGCUGGUAUGAUUAUGUUCCUCUAGCGCUCAGCUGGAUGCAUAUGGAUUUGUAAAGGGACUAAUGCAAUGAAACCUACACUGGAAGAAUGAACGUUAUCGCAGUUUCCUGAAUAGACUGCAUUCAGAACUGUUAUCACCGUGUGUGUGUGUGUGAUGGGCUGUGUGGAAACUGGAGCUCCUACCUUACUUGAAACUCAUUAUUUUUCAGGCUCACUGUUGUUUACUUUGAAUAAUUGAUAAGUCCAAGAAUAAAUAUUUUUCUAUGCA